GUCGCCAUGGGUUCAAGCUGUAUCAUUUAUUUACUCGCUGCUGCUUUGCACCAUUACGAACACUUUUACUCUCGUCUUUCUUCUUCCGUUUUGCUCUUUUUUUGGCUGGGCUCGUUGAUCACCAACUUGAUUGCUCUUCGAACUUGCAUUCUUUUGCAAAUCUACUAUCCUAGACCUGUUCAUUUUGGUUUCAUUGCUUCAUCCGUUGUCUUUUCUCUUUUUGUGUUUGUUUUCGAAAACCUUCCCAAACCUCAGAGUUACUAUCUCAGUUUGGAUGAUAAUGCAAGUCCUGAAGCUACUGCCAAUAUCUUCUCGCGUUUGACAUUUCAAUGGAUGGAUCCUUUGAUGCGUCUUGGAUAUACCAAAGACUUGGAUAUGGACGAUCUAUGGAAUCUCAAAAAAACUGACACUGGAAACUACAACUCCGAAGCAUUCCAAAAGACAUGGACCAAGCAGCUUACAAAAAGAUCUCCGUCUUUGCUUCGUGCUGUAGCUAAAGCCUUUGGUCCAGUGUUUUUGUCUUCGGCUAUUUUCAAAGGAUGUCAGGACAUUCUUGGGUUUGUACAGCCGCAGUUUCUUCACCAAAUGAUGGAAUUUGCUAGUAGCUAUUCUGUAGAAAGCACAACUCCUCCUAUCCCAAUGUAUCGUGGGUUUAUCAUUGCAUUUUCUAUGCUUGGCAUUGCGCUUCUGCAAACUGUUUUGCUACAUCAAUACUUUCACGUUUGUCUUAUCACCGGAAUGCGCAUUCGUUCGUCCAUUGUUACAGCCAUCUAUCGCAAGUCCUUGAGAUUAUCGAGUAAAGCACGCCAAUCUUCUACUAAUGGUGAAAUUUCUAAUCUGAUGGCUGUUGAUGCAUCGCGACUUUCAGACUUGUGCACCUAUUUGCAUAUGCUGUGGUCUGGUCCGUUCCAGAUCUCAAUGGCAGUUUAUUUUCUGUACGACACACUUGGUCCGUCUAUUUUUGGUGGUGUUGCUGUGAUGGUGUUGAUGAUCCCCGUUAAUGGAUAUCUGGCUACAAGAUCGCGUGCACUUGGAAAGCGUCAAAUGACAAACAAGGAUUCUCGUACAAGAUUAAUGGACGAGCUUUUAAAUGGGAUCAAAGUAAUCAAACUUUAUGCCUGGGAAAAUUCUUUUUUGAAAAAGAUUUUUUCUAUUCGUGAGGCAGAGCUCACCACUUUGAAACAAAUUGGGUAUCUUUCUGCUGUUCAAUCAUUCACCUGGUCAUGCACGCCAUUUUUGGUUUCAUUCACUAGUUUUGCUCUUUUCAGCUACCUUUCUGAAGAGCCAUUGACUUCUACUAGAGUGUUUGUGUCGCUAUCGCUUUUCAAUCUGUUGCAGUUUCCUCUGAGUAUUUUUCCAAGUGUUAUAAGUGCAACAGUUGAAGCUUCUAUUUCAUUUUCACGGCUUUACACGUUUUUGAUGAGCGAGGAACUUGACGAAUCUGCUGUUAAUUACGAGCUGGUACCUCCUUUCACUGACCAGUCUAAUAUUGAGCGCGUAUCCAUCUGCCAGGGCAGCUUUGCUUGGCUGGCUGAAAAUGAGAAUACGUUGAAUGAUAUCUCCAUAUCUGUUCGUGAAAACACUCUUCUUGCUAUUGUUGGCAAUGUUGGGUCUGGAAAGUCGUCCAUUAUUUCUGCUAUUUUGGGCGAAAUGUACAAGACUAGUGGAAUGGUGACUGUUCGUGGUUUGACUGCAUAUGUUCCUCAGACUGCUUGGAUUAUGAAUGCUACAUUUCGCGAGAAUAUUUUGUUUGGUCGACACUAUGACGAUAAACUGUACAAUGAUACAAUUGAUGCGUGUGGACUUCGACCUGAUUUGAAUAUGCUUCCCGGUAAAGAUGCAACUGAAAUUGGUGAACGUGGCAUUAACUUGUCGGGUGGCCAGAAACAGCGCAUCUCUAUUGCUCGCGCUGUGUAUGCCGAUGCUGACAUUUAUCUUUUCGAUGAUCCCUUGUCUGCUGUGGAUGCUCAUGUCGGCCGACACAUAUUCGAUCAUGUAAUUGGUAAACAGGGCAUACUAAAGAACAAGGCAAGGGUGUUUGUUACUCACAGCGUUCAUCUUUUGAGCGAGACGGACGAAAUCAUUCACAUUGCACGUGGCUGUAUUACAGCUGUUGGCACGUUCACUUCCUUGAUGUCACAGCCAGGUCCAUUCUAUGCUUUGAUGAGGGAUUAUGGCAAGCGUAAGGAAAGUGAUCCAUCUUUGGAGCUUUUGGAUACCGAACUGGCUGUUGACACUGUAGUGGGUUCACUUGAUAAAAAAGAAGACGAGGUUUUAAAUGAUGAAAAGGAUGCGGAUGCUCAUGCUACUACUGUUAAGAAUGACGAUGAUCGAGGCUCUAAAUUGUAUCCUGCAUCCACUAAUGGCUCUACCAAGACGAUUUCUUCUGCUAUUGGUACCAAGAUUAUUUCUACUGAAGACUCGGCAAAGGGCUCUGUCAAUCUAAGCGUUUACUUGGCUUACGCCAAAUCGUGCAACAUGUAUGCUGUAGCUGCCUUUCUUAUGUUGGCCAUUCUAUCUCAGGGAUUGUCUGUGUUUCAAAAUGUGUACCUUUCCUGGUGGGCCAAUGUGAACGAUCGCGCCGAGUCUCUUAUGAUGAUAAUGCAAGAUCGUGGAGACGUAUUUGCUUGGCUCGUUGGAUAUGGUGCUAUUGGACUUGUUUCAAGUAUUUCUGUUGUUGGCCAAGUGAUAUUUGUAUGGGUGUUUUGUGGUAUUCGUGCUGCUCGUGUUCUUCAUGAGCAAAUGCUGAACUGUAUAGUGCGACUUCCACAAUCAUUUUUUGAUACAACUCCACUUGGACGUAUUUUGAAUCGGUUUUCCAAAGAUCAAUACACUGUUGAUGAAGUGCUUCCUCGCACUUUUCAAGGGUACUUUCGAACCAUGUUUGGUGUCAUUAGUGUCCUUGCUGUGAAUGCCAUUGGCAGUCCGUUAUUUAUCUUAUUUGCGAUCCCACUUGGCGCACUUUACCGCUACUUUCAGCGUUUCUACUUAUCGACGUCUCGUGAACUUAAGCGACUCGAGUCUACAUCUAGAUCCCCAGUCUAUUCUCACUUUCAAGAAACUCUCAAUGGUGUUUCAUCGAUUCGCGCUUACAAGCAGGAAUUGAGAUUUAUUGACAUGAAUGAGGAGCGACUGGAUUAUAAUCAGCGAGCCUUUUAUCCCAGUGUGAGUUCAAACCGAUGGCUAGCUGUUCGUCUUGAGUUUAUUGGUGCAUUGAUUGUGUUUGGGUCGGCACUGUUUGGUGUGAUGGCAAUUUAUUUCCAUACGUCAAUUUCUGCCGGAACCAUUGGGUUGAUGUUGUCCUACUCGCUUGGUGUGACUCAAUCUUUGAACUGGAUGGUACGACAGUCAUGUGAGAUUGAAACGAAUAUUGUGUCGGUCGAGCGAAUUAAAGAAUAUGUGGAUUUAAAAAAGGAAGCACCUUAUGAAAUCGAAGCGACGACUCCACCUCCAGCAUGGCCCCAGCAUGGCAACAUUGAGUUUAAAAACUAUUCUACACGAUACAGGGCGGAGCUGGGUCUAGUUUUGAAAAACAUAUCUUUUAAUGUUCGCCCACAUGAAAAGAUUGGAAUUGUGGGACGAACGGGUGCAGGAAAAUCAUCACUCACCCUGUCACUGUUUCGCCUUAUUGAAGCCAGUGAGGGAUCCAUAAUCAUUGAUGGGUUGGAUAUCAGUACCCUUGGAUUAGCGUGUCUUCGAUCAAGACUGACCAUUAUUCCACAAGAUCCAGUAUUGUUUGCAGAAAGUGUGCGAUACAACCUUGAUCCCUUUUCGACCCGAACGGACGCUGAGCUAUGGACGAGUCUUGAAUGUGCCAAUCUAAAAGAGCACAUUACAUCACUUGAAGGAGGUUUAGACUUUAAAAUCCAGCAAGAGGGAGAAAACUUUAGUGUGGGUCAACGCCAACUUAUCUGUCUUGCGCGUGCACUUCUUCGUAAAACCAGUGUCUUGAUCCUCGACGAAGCUACCGCAGCCAUCGAUGUAGAAACGGAUCAUCUCAUUCAAGACACCAUCCGACGUGAGUUUAAAGAGUGUACGGUGUUGACCAUUGCACAUCGGAUCAAUACUGUCAUGGACAGUGAUCGGAUUCUUGUGUUGGACAAUGGCCACGUUGCAGAAUUUGACUCUCCCAAAGUACUGCUAAAAAAUACCAAGAGUAUGUUUUAUUCGUUGGCUCAAGAGGCAGGACAGACUAAAUAGUUGAAUAAAUGCAAUUUUUGAGUU